AUGGCAUCCUCCCCAAAUGACCCACCCCCGACUGCAAGUAGCAGUCCUCCCAUCACGCCUCAAAUGGCAGCGGUCUCUACAGAAAUCGGCUCAUAUGGCGCCAUCGCCUCGAAUAAAAAACUCACAGUUGAAGACAAGUUGAGGAUGCUUCGCGAGAGAUAUGAUGAAUAUUGCAUUGAGAAGAAGAAGAGAGAAGACGAGCUCAAAGCAAUAGAGCUGCAAAAUUCAAUAGCCAACAAUCCCAACAUUGCAAGGUUGCUCAAAGAGCCGACUCCCUGGGAGGUCUUCACACCACGAAACAUCCAAAAUCUAAAUAGGCGUGUCAGGUGUGGAUUCAGGCUUGCAAAAUUGGAUCCGGAAACUCAAAUACCUCAAGAUUUGACGAGCAUCAUCGGUAGUCCUCAUGCUGAUCCCGAGGACUAUCAGGCGUUUGUGAGAUACGAUGCAGGUCGAUAUGGUGACGGCCGAGUGACGAUUACCUUCAAGAUUCGCAAGAGAGUGGCGAAUGAGAAUAUCAUUGACACAUCAGAAAGCGCUUCGUUCAUGCUCUACUGUACGUUCAAAUUAGGUGCAAAGCUAAGAGAUACUGGAUACCAAAUUGACUGCUUCGACUACAAGCAUUUCAAUGAGCUCGAACUUGGGGAUGAGUUGUAUGACGAGCGAAUGGACAAGGAAAUCAAGCCAGGCGACACGUUUACCAGACCACAUCUCCAUUGCUGCAUGUUCAUCAGCCAUGGAUGCGUACAGUCGCACUACGACCCUCAAAGUACGGCACAUCUUCCGCAAGACGUCCAAGAUGUGUUGCGGAAACUUUUCUGCGACACAGGUACAUUUAGAGUGGUCUGCUAUCAUCCCAUUCCCCAAUCUGCGGAGGCCAACUGGCUCAAGGCUCUCCGGCACAACAUCAACCACCAUACUCCUCAGCUAUGGCAGUAUCUCAACGAGGACGGCUCAGUCAAUUACUCAUUGGAUCAGCCUUUGAUCGUUAGAAUGCAGGAGGGGAUGUACGUGAAAGAAAAUGGGGAGUUUUACACAUUCCCUGAGAAUCUUGACUGGGACGAACUACAUGUAUUUGCGAUUGAUGCGAUGAUCCCUGCCAUUCGCGAAUACCAACUCGCGUUAUGUCACGGCCAAAUCAUCAGCCAGACACGCCAUCGCGCAUACGCACAACAAAUGCCACAGCAUCUUAUAGACUUCAGAGAUGAGACCGGACGACACGACAGGCUGUCGAGGACGAUCAAUCUCUUCGUCACGUUGACACAGUUCGAGGAUUUUCUCGUCAAGGAAAUGAAACCCGCAGCAGGAUCAAGGGUGCUAGUCUGGUGGGAUAAACCGCAUGAUUUCAUUCCGAAUAGCUCUACCAAGAAUGGGACGAACUACGGCGUGGUCGUUGAUGACGAAGAAGGGUGCUUAGCGACUGGUGCUGCUUUUUGUCUAAGAGUAUCCCUCAGCAAAAGUGGAUCCAAGAAUCCACCUCGGCAAAUGAGUGAGGGUUUGCAGAAAUUAAGCCUCAAAAAGCUCAAUUAUAUUCAUAUCUAUGUUGAAGUGGAUACAACAGCUAUCCAACGCCAACUGCUGGCGAUCAGUGUCUUGUGCAAACCCAAAGACCAGAUGACAAGUGAAGAGAUCGACGAGUCGCAGGAAUGGGACGAAGUUAUGAAUACCCUUUGCCAAAAGCCGGGCAAAAAGCCGAAAGAGUACAGGAUCGACCUCACAGCCAUCAACCCUGAAGCGUUCAGCACAUGGUACGAAGUCGGAUCUGAGAUUGUCAAAGAUAGUCCAGAUCAGCUAGCAAUUAUUGACAGCUUGGAAAACGUCGAUUCUAAACUCGUCGGUGUUUUAGGUGCAGCUGGAACCGGAAAGACGAACAUCAUGGCCCUACUUGCUGGUGCUGUCGGAGUCCAAGGGGCUCAGGUCAUGAUUACUGGCACCACCCAUGCUGCGCUUGACACCAGUGGACGUGCUGUAUGGAAGUGGCUCUCUAAGGACGCAAGGAGGGUCCUGAGAUUCCUGCGUAUGGAUCUGGUAUCAGUUGAGAUAUAUCAUCUCCAGCAGUCUGUCGAGUGGCUGGGAAGUGAUGCACUCGAGCCCAAAGGAGCGUGGAAGCAGCGAAUUGGAAUCUCCGAGAAUGGUGAGACCUCCUUCACGUUCUGUCUGGCUUCAAUGACACAGGCGGCUGCUCAAAUCUUCGAGCCCAGGGAUAUUCUCGAUGAGGCUGAAUACGAUGAGCUGUUUGACGAUUUGGAGCUCAUCGAGAAUCAGGAGCCGAAGACGCAAACGUUUGGAACGGGAAAGGAGUCCAAGCUCCCUCGUGUCAUGACUCUUGCCUGGCGUGAAUGGGAGCUUCUUGAUCGUGAUUCACGUCGAGCGCAAGAAGCCUUUGAGAACCUUCAUGAGGCAUGGACGUCUCCUGAGAAGACCGAAGAGGAAUGCUUGGAGUCGAAUCCGAGAAUGUCAGAUAGGUUGAAAGAGGCAUGGCAGAGUGAACCCAUCCGCGAGGAAGAAUUCAAUCGAAGAGUCCGAGAUCACGAGAUUGAGAACGUUGAGCAGCUCAACAAGUCUCACGGAUAUCGAACGCUGUUGUGGGAUUUCGUCCAGGAUCUGUCCAGCUUCAACAGCCAAAAAUUCAAAGCGCUUAUCAAAGCAAGAAUGGAGGUAAUUGGCCGCAUUCUACAUCUCACCACCUUCCUGCUUGUCACUUGCAACAAGUCCGCAAUGCCAGAGAUCAAGACACACUUCAAGGCUCAGGUUGUACUUGUUGAAGAAGCUGCUCAGAUGAAGCUGUCUGAUUUCAUGACUGUUGUGUACAGCCAGCCAGACGCAGAUGCUUACUAUCUCUUCGGCGAUCCAAAGCAACUAAUUCCGUACAACGGUGCCUUGUUGGUCAAUGAGAAAAUAUCCCAAAGCAAACGCUCGCCUCUGAGCCUUCUCGAGGUGAAGAAUCACAAUAUCAAGCGGCUUACUAAACAGUACCGUGCUGCACCAGCGUUGAUGCAAUUCCCCAACAGGUACUUCUACAACAACACGGUGGAAAACGCCGCCAAGACCUUUGGCAACAACAAUUACCGUGUGAAGACCAGAGAACUUAGCCAGCGCUACCGAAUCGGGAAGACCACAGGGAGUGAGCUCUUUUUCAUUGACGUGCCAUACGGUGCCUCGCGUGCAGAAGAGAAAGGUACGUCUCUGACAAACCCUGCAGAGGCGAUCCGUGUUGCGAAGCUGGUGGACCAGUACCUCCAGAUGGGGGUACCAAUUGGGAAGAUCACGAUUUUGUGUUACUACAACGCGCAGCGCGAUACUAUCAAAGAGGAGCUGACGAGUCUCAAAGAGACUCUUGGUAGAGCCUGGCAGGUCCAGGACAUACUGAUCACAUCCGUAGAUCAAUAUCAGAACCUUGAGAACGAGAUCACGAUUGUGAAUUUUGUCGCCGCACCAUCAGUAGACCGAUCCGAAACGGAGAACCGAGAUGAUGGUAGUGAGGCUUAUUCCGGUGGAUGCUCCAUAACAAGCUAUGUCAAGGAUAAACAUCGCUUGCUGACGGCUAUCACUCGGGCCAAGAAUGGCUGCGUGCUAAUCGGCAAUAUGACAGCCCUGCUUUGGUCAACACAGAAAGAAAGCGCACCUAGUGCCGUUUUCGAGCUGAUGUUGGACUUGUUUUGCCGGAACUUGGUCGCCGUGGAUAAGAGGAGCAAAGACCAAUUGUUCCAAGACAACCCAAAACUCACGGAACAACGUACUGCGCAAGCUGUUGCCAGGCUAGAUCAGGCUUUGAAGCGCAAGAGCAAACCAAAGGUGGAAGGGGACGUUUAUGCUGCGCCGACUUAUCGGCUAAGGGAAGGUCGGACGCAGAGGCCGAUUGAUACUGGUAGUUAUGGGAUGGAGGCUGAUGAGUAUGAUGAGGAAGGCACGAUCUAG